AUGAAGUUCGCUGUGCCUCUAGUGGCGUGCGCCACGGUGCUGCCCAGCGUGGCAGCUUGGGGAGGCUUCGGGCACAUCACAAUCGCGUACGUGGCCAGUGCCUUUGUCAAGGAUGAGACGGCGACGUACUUCCAGACGCUGCUGCGCAACGAGUCGUCAGACUACCUAGCCAACGUGGCGACGUGGGCUGACAGCAUCCGGUAUACCAAAUGGGGCCGCUUCACGGGGCCGUUCCACUUCAUCGACGCCAAGGACGACCCUCCGUCCAGCUGUGACGUGAUCAUGCAGCGCGACUGUAAGAAGGAGGGCUGCGUGAUUUCAGCGCUCCAGAACUACACGUCGCGGCUGAUUGACGCGGACGGCCAGCUGCCGCCCUGGGAGCACGAGCAAGCGGCCAAGUUUGUCGUCCACUUUGUUGGUGACCUGCAUCAGCCGCUGCACACGGAGGACGUGGCCAAGGGCGGCAACGACAUCCACGUCAAGUUCGAUAAUAAGUUUUUGAACUUGCACCACGUGUGGGACACCAGCAUUCUCGAGAAGCUGGUGGGCGGCGUACGGGGCUCGCCUUACGGCGCGGCGCGGCAGUUUGCGGACCAACUGGUGGCGGACAUCCGCGGCGGCAAGUUCGUGGCGGAGAGCAAGAACUGGCUGGACGGCAUCAGCCUCGCCGAUACGGAGGGCACAGUGCUCACCUGGGCGCGCGAGAGCAACGCAUAUGUUUGCACACACGUCCUCCCCCAAGGUCCCAAGGCGAUCGUGGGCCAGGAACUUGGCUCCAGUUACUACGACGACGCGGCACCGGUCGUCGAGAUCCAAGUGGCACGGGCCGGAUACAGGCUUGCGGCGUGGCUGGAUUUGCUCGCUGCCAAGAUUUCCUCGAGCAAGGUUGGCGAGUUGUGA